UACCCAUUCUUCUCUUUUCUCUGUGCAAAAGAAAUUUCUAGGGAUUUCAAAAGAAACACAAAGAGAUGGGAAAAACAAAUGAAAACCAACAGUUAGAUUUCCGCUCAAUCUACGAUGAUGCUUGGUACACAGUAGAUAGACUCGUUUUAAGCAAGCAAAACACUGUUCUUACUGUGAAAUUCUUUGAGUUUGAUGAAGAUGAUGAUGAGAAGUUCACCGUCAAAGAUUUCAAAACAGCGAAUGAGUUGGAUCAGUUUUUGAACAGGUUUCGUCCAGCUUGUCUUCAGGUACAGGAUGGAGAGUGUUAUGAUAUGAUACGUGGAUCGGAUGUCUGUGCAGUACUCGAAGUAAGUGAAAAUGAUCACAAGUUCUACAAUGGUGUCAUUGAAUCGAUUGAACGUGAACCUCACACACGCAAAGGAGGAGAAGAAAGGUGUUCCUGUAUUUAUGUUGUUGGUUGGCUAGAAGGUCCAAAUGCUUGGUGUACUGAACAGAUGGGGAUUAAUCGCAUUUGCAAACUUCAACCAGGCUCCCCUCUAUUUGAUUACUCGCUCGCGUGUUUCAUGAAGAAGUCAAGAGAACAUCUUGAUUCGCUUUCGAAAUGAUAAUCGUGUCCAAGUCAAAGAGGUAAUAGAUGGGUUCGUAGUUUGGAUUAUCUGAAAGUCUUGUUUAUCAGACUGUAAGAAUUAAAGCAGGCAAACUUUACAUUCUUCUGGAAACCACCAUAUACAUGCUAGGUGGUGGUGGAUUAUAAGAAGGUAGUCUUAUGAACUUUACAUUCCUCUGCAAACUUCACUCCAGUCUUUUUCACUGCUAGCAGUAGAUGUUUCAUUCGCUUUGUUAUAAUCAUGAA